CCAGAGGUUGGUGAGCUCAGUGGCCGCCCAGAAAUGGUGGUGUGGGAGUUAUUGGUGCUGGUGUUUCGCAUAUUGUGCUUCAAGCCGGCCGUUAUCGUCAUUUGAGAGAAAGAGAAAGAGAGAGCGAGCGAGCAAUCAUGGAGAAGAAAGGUCUCGACCCCACCGACGUUUAUUGAGAGCGUUGCCUCUUUUUUCCUUUUUUUUUCUCCCAGAGGUGCAAGCCUCCUCAUUCAUUGGCGCCCCUUUUCGCUAAUUUACAAUUAUCAUUAUCAUUACCAAGAAGCUCAGUCGUUCUUCGGAGGUUGACGCUGCUGUCUGCUGUCAUUCCCGAGCGUCUUCUUCUUCUUCUUCCUGAGUUCAGCCAAAACCACUCACUCACUCACUCGCCACAUCUACUAGUAAUCUCGGGCUGGUGCCGUCGCCCCCAACUGCAGUUAGUCAGUCAGUCGCUACUGCCGCUCUUCCACGCUCCAUUUACCAUGAGUUUCGCUCUGGAUCCUCUCGAUCCCACGGGUAUAUACUGAUGGCUCCUCGGCAGCCGCCAGUGCUUUCCCAGUCAUGGCACCGCCAGCCUCUUCUCCGUCAUCCAUCUCAUCCUCGUCAUCAGCAUCAUCGGCGUCGUCGCCGUCGUCGUCGUCUCCGAAGAGGAAACGGCGGCAGUCGGGAGGUCUGGUCCUCGUGGCCCUCUCCCUUCUGUCCUGCUUCCCUGUCCCCGCCAGAGGAAAACUUCCUCACUUCCCCGAUGAGUCCGUGGUGGAUGAGAACAACCUAACCGAAGGGGAUCCGCAUUCAUUAGACUACCAAGAAAUACUGAGCCUUUUGCAACAUUUGCAGCAGGAAAAUGAUCUCAAGAAAACAGACGACGGGUUACAACCAGAGGCGCGCUCGGACCAAGUUGACCCUCGGUUCAUUGGCAUCACCGAUGGAGGUUUAUAUAGGGGAGACCUUGUAGUCUAUCUACCAAUCACCAUUCUUCUUCCCACGUUGGCCUUUCGAUCUCGUUAUUCAUUGGCUGGAAGGAAGAGCUUUGAUUGGUCGAGCUUCUUGUUCGGGAGGAAUCAAGCCAGGUCACUUGACAGUGAAGACAUUAGGGGACGAGUUGACCAAGUGUUAACGAACCAAGUUCGCUACGACCCCAAUCUGUUUGAAUACAAGACUGACCCGAAUUUCGGUCCGCUGCUGUCUCGCAUCGACGCCUAUUUCCAUUACCUGAGGGUGCACGACGAUGAGUGUCGAAUGCGCGCCAUUUGCCAACUCGCCCAGAAUCCGCAGAAAUAUAGUCCCCUCUCCUACCUGGUUCUCUCUGCCCUCAAAAAAAGCGAGUCGCUGAAGCGACCAACGCUCUACAAUGCAGUCGUCUUCCGAUUCCUCCGGUACUACUGGGCUGCGGAAAGGGGCGUGUCCAAUUACAGAUGUGACCACGCCUAUCGCCAGUGUCCUGCCGGCCUUGAGGACAUCGUCGACAUGCGGGUUCUGACCUUCUGGCAAAAUCUCGCCUCCUUGGUGUCCAUCAAGCUGAGUGACGAAUGAUGAUGAUGAUGUGAUGAUGAUGCUGCUGAUGAUGGUUGUGUCAGUCAUUCUCCGCGGUGAUCACCCGUGAUAAUGAUGAUUCCUCGCGAAAGCGUGGAACGAAAGGCCCCUCACAUCACUGCUCUUCUUGGUGCUCAGUGCGCGUCGGAUUCCCGCCCCCCCUCUACCCCGUAGCCUUUUUCGCUCCCCCAGCAGGACGCGACGUCCCCAUCCAUCGAUGCUUCUUCAUACAUUAUUAUUCCAUCACUAACUGGACUGUACUAACGUGCUGGUAGUUACCAAUCACUGAACUUUUCCCGACGCAUGUUACCAGUAACUUCGUUGCGAAGGAAACCCCCCCCCCCCCCUCUCAGCUUCUCCUUGUGGAUACAUCCGUGUCGAUUAACUGAACCUGUAUUUCGUAUAUCAAGCCUCGUUCCUUCCCGUUCCUCGGUUAACCUUUGAUUGUAGGAACUGUGUAUGCUUGCAGAUCUAUAGUGGAGAGGUGUUUUAUUUUCCAUUUUUUUUUUAAAUGUAUUGCCUCGCCAUAUUUGUUACCUUGUUGUGUUUCUGAAUCCGGAGAGGAAAGAAGCCAAGUGAACGAGUGCUCCAUAACCAAAUCCCUUCCCGUCGUUAUUUCCCCACACAUAUUACUCCUCCACUGGAGCCUGUAUCUCUCUCUCUCUCUCUCUCUCCCUCUCCUUCUCUCUCUCUCUCUCAUACCCCUCAGUUACCGCAAGUCUCUGCUAUUUGCUUUGAUGUUUCCAAGCCCUGGCGUCUCGGGGUCUUGUUUGUGUGUCUACUGAGAAAGGAGAGAGAGAGAGAGAGAGAGAGAGAGAGAGAGAGAGAGAGAGAGAGAGAGACAGAGACAGACCCGGGCGCCAAGCAAAAGAGGGACGGCGAGCCGGAAUGUGAUUGGCUGGUGCGUCCCUCCAAAGAUCUCGCCACCUUCUCCCCCCAGAGGUGUUCUGAGUGACGUGUUUUUUACCUGUGAUAUAGUAGUUUAUUUUUUAUGAUGAUGUGUCUGACCCGGCACCUGCACGCGGUCUGCGACACCUGUCUGACCCACCGAUCAGCCAUGCUCUGCUUUUCAAAGCUUCUUAUUCUUCUCCUCCUCCUCCUCCUCCAUCUCAAUCUCCUUCCUCUCCUUUUUAUUAUCUCUCGAAGAGUUGUUUGUUUAGUGUAGUCUUUAGUCAUAACCGCGAUAUUUUCUAUACUGACCCACUUAUAAAUGUAGACGCUGCUGCUGUCGAGGACUGCUCGCAGUCUUUUUUUUUUUUCUUUUUUAACUCUACUAAUGCCAAAUGCUCCCUCCAUGACACUAACCCAUCCAACAACCGCCCCCCCAAACCCCAUCCCAGUUUCCAUCAAGUCUCCAUCUUUUAGCAUAUUCUUUAAGGGAAUCAUGUCUCGACUCUCUUUUUUUUUCAAAGACUUUUCGCCAUGUCCUGCAGAAAGAGACCCCCUGACAAGGAGUGCUGGUAGUCAGUCACUGUAAAAAAAAUGAUAUUCAGUCCUGUCAAUAAUAACAUCUUUAAUCUUAGAUUCGUCCACGGCAGUAGAGUUCCUUUUUCUCUCUCUCUCUCUCUGGGAAUGAGCUGGACUUGGACUCGAACUCAGCCUCCUCAGCCAAACUCAUUAACAUUCUGUAUUUUUGACGACUCCAAUUAGAACUUUGCUCCUGACCUUAUAUGCUAGUAGAUUUUGACCCGAGCUGACCCACCGGACCCACAGCACUUCGUAAACGCGUCGUAAUUGCCAGAACUCAAGAUAUGCGACCUGUAGCUACACUGCCACUGAGGCGAGCUGCUAAGAAUUCGGUUUGACGAAUUUACAUCCCAACUAACUUCAGAAGAAGCCAUGACCUUUUGACAUUUCCGACCGACAAAAAAAAAAAAAAAAAAAUGACUCGCGUGUAGAAUGACUUUUAGGUACUGACUGCAGUCAUGCCUGACCUAGUAUGCUUUGACCUUUACGUUCUGAAGGCACGUGGCCUGGUCAGUGACACGUGUGACCUGCCUAUGAAUCGCACGUAGAAGGAAAUGCAGUUAAAUUCUUCCAUCAUUCCUUCAACUAGAUGUAUUUCUGCCAGAUCUUCAGUGAUCGUUGUAGGCUUGACAAAAAUACAAGUCAGUGAUAUCCACGAGACAGAACUAGCUACUGUAAUUACUUUAGACUGACUAACAGAUAGUGGACUUCUGAGUAUUAUACUUAUAUAUAUGUAUUUUAAUACAUACACACACACAUAUAUAUAUAUAUAUAUAUAUAUAUAUAUAUAUAUAUAUAUAUAUAUAUAUAUAUAUAUA